AGAGAGAGAGAGAGAGAGAGAGAGAGAGAGAGAGAGAGGCUGCUAAGACUCUAUUUCCUUUAUGUUAUUCAACUCAAAUCUCUGGUAGCUCUCAGCUUGCUUCUUCUGAGAAGGAGAUCUUUUGAUGGAGGGCAAGUAGGAGCUCCUAAGAAAGAGGGAAGAAAGAAGAGGCCUUUCCCCAAGUUCCAUUCUUAUAUCUUCCCACGUGCUCAUGGGGAUUCAUCAUCUCUCUCAGGAAGCGUUCGAGUUCGCGGAAUGGGUUCUUCCUGUGCUGUUGGACUGAGCCGAGCGCCGCCACCAUCCGACUCGCUCUAUCUUUCUCGUCGAUCUCAUCAGUUCAUCCGACGACGCUCUUCUCUAGGCUGCUUUGCAGUACAAGGAUUAUCAAGUCAACGGAGAAUAUUACGCCCAGCCACUCGGGCUGCAGUCAUUAUCUCUCCCCGAGGAGACAAUUCGCCGUCGACCGGUGCGAUUAGAACACCUUUAUCUUGAUCUCUUCUUCGGGGAAUUUCGAUGGCGACGUACUUCCAUGGAGCCCCGGAGAUCCAGCCGGAUGGCCUGCAGACCCUCUACCUCAUGAACCCCAGCUACGUUGGCUACUCCGACGCAGCAGCUCCCGCCAACAUGGUCCUCCUGAACUCCACGCUGAAUUCCAUGAAUCCGAUCAACCUCGCACAAGCUAGCCAGCCGAAUCAUCAUCAGCAGCAGCAGUUCGUCGGGAUCCCGCUUCAAACAGCAGCUCAACCCCAUGAAUCCUACCGCCCACCACCGAUCCAUGCACCCCAUGAUCUGUCGGCCGCCGUCCAAGGCCUGAUCCCCCGCCUUCAUUACAACCUCUGGACACCGGCCACAUCGAGCAACCCCGUCGACAUGGCGUCGCAAUUCGGUCCCCGGCGCCCCUCCGCCGUGCCAUCCGCACAGCAAGGGCUCUCUCUCAGCCUCUCACCGCAUGAUAUGGUGGCGCCUGCGCCGGAGAUAACUCCGGCCAGCGCCAACGGUGCGACGACCGUUGCAUCCGCGUCCAUGAUGCCGGGUGCUGCCAAUGGUGCCUCAGGCUCGCAGAGCUUUCUGAUGGGAUCCAAGUACUUGAAGGCAGCGCAACAACUGCUCGAUGAGGUCGUUAACGUCGAGAAGGGGAUCAAAAGCGAGCCAGCGAAAGGGGCGACUUCCAAGGAUCCUGCCGACAGCAGCAACGCGGAGCUAAAGUGUUUAGGUGCGGGAGCUACCGACGACAACUCCAAGGAAAAGCAAGUCGCAGAUCUAACGACGGCAGAACGGCAGGAGCUUCAGAUGAAGAAGGCCAAACUCAUCAACAUGCUCGACGAGGUGGAACAGAGGUACAGGCAGUAUCACCAUCAAAUGCAAAUUGUGAUCUCUUCAUUCGAAGCUGUUGCCGGCUAUGGAUCCGCGAGAACCUACACCGCCCUCGCCCUUCGGACAAUAUCGAAGCAGUUCCGGUGCCUCCGAGACGCCAUCACUGGCCAAAUCCAAGCAACCAGUAAGAGCCUGGGAGAGGAAGAAAGUAAGUCGGGAGGGUCACGGCUUCGGUUCAUCGAUCAUCAUCUGAGACAGCAGCGGGCACUUCAGCAGCUGGGGAUGAUCCAGCCGAACGCUUGGAGACCUCAGAGAGGACUGCCGGAACGCUCUGUUUCCGUGCUCCGAGCUUGGCUCUUCGAACACUUUCUCCACCCAUAUCCAAAGGAUUCGGACAAGAUGAUGCUGGCUAAACAAACAGGACUCACGAGGAGCCAGGUCUCCAAUUGGUUCAUAAACGCGAGAGUGAGGCUCUGGAAGCCGAUGGUGGAGGAGAUGUACUUGGAAGAGAUCAAAGAUCAAGAGCAGAACAACUCCGAUGAGAACGCAAGCAAGAGCGACGCUCAUGGAAGCUCUACAUCCAAGUCCAACGCUCCACAGGAAGGAAGCCCGACAGCAACACCGCCGUCCGACAGCCUAAAAAAUGACCUGAAGCAAACUCUGGCAUCAGUGCAGCCAUCAUCCUUCGUUCACGGCCAAAACCAGGCUUACUACGACAGGGACGCGAUCGCACAACCCAGGGUCAAGAAGGCCAGAAGCAACGACUCGCCGCACGUAAAUCCCAUGGCAAAUCCUCUCACUGUUGGAUCGAAACCGGACGAGACGAGCAACCAUGAGAUCCUAAUGCAGUUGAUGGAUGGGAGACAGGGGGUCGGGGAGCAAGGCUACCCAUUGUUAGCAGGCACCACAAGCCAUGGCGGCAACUACGGAGCUUAUCCCAUGGGAGAGCUCAGAACAUUUGAUGCGGAGCACUUCUCUCGGAGGUUCUCGGGCAAUGGUGUGUCCCUCACUCUUGGCCUUCAACACAGUGGGAACCUUCCCCUGUCGGGAGCGCAAGCAUCCCUUCUAUCCAGCGACAGCAUGCGACUGGGAAGGAGGCUGGAGACGAGCAGUGAGGGCAGUGACUACUGCAGUCUCAACCACAACACAGCAGCUGCACAUUCUUCCAAUGCUGCAUUCAGGGCAGACCGAGGUUUGCUGCUGAACUACUACCAGGCAUCAUAGGUUUAAGUGCAUGUCUAUAUUGGAUCGUACGUGUCAUACAUAUCUGGUAAAGUAGAAGUUAGUGAGUCGUUAUAGUGGAUAGAAGAAAGGUUUAAGAUCACAGGGUCUUAUACUAGAUAGAAUUAUAUGAUUGGGGUAUGGUGUUUGGGUUAGAAGCCUAGUCCAUAAAGUUCAUGAAAUGUAUAACGUUUCACUUAUUUGGGAUUAUAGAUACCAAUCAUUACUAUGGAAGAUUUUUAUA